AUGGCCUCGGGUUUAGCCGUGAGCAAGGAGGGUCUGUCAAUUCCCCUCAUUGACUUCUCGCGCUUCCUCGGCGGAACUCCUGUGGAGCGUAACGAAACGGCCAAUGCCAUUCUCGACGGUUUCAAAACAGCUGGAUUCAUCUAUCUCAAGAACCAUCCCAUCCUCCCCAAAGACUUACAGCAUGCAUUUGAUCUAUCAGCCCGCUUCUUCAAGGAACCCCUGGAGAAGAAGAUGGAGGUAGUCUGGACAACCCCAGAGGCAAACCGAGGCUAUUCCGCCCCUGGACGCGAGAAAGUCAGUCAGCUCAAGGAUAUCCAGGAGGUUGAGAAAGUGCGUGCCGCUUUGCCGGACUUGAAAGAAAGUCUUGAGAUUGGUCGUGAAGAUGAGCCCGGACGUCCGAAUAGAUGGCUUGAAGAAACCGGCGACCUUGUUGGGUUUCGAAAGGAUAUGCUUGGAUUCUUUGAGAAGUGCCGCCAACUGCACGUGGAGGUCAUGAAAGCUAUUGCUGUUGGAAUGGGGCUCGAUGAUAGCUUCUUUGACUCUUUUGUCGACGUCGGAGACAAUACGCUGCGGCUAUUGCAUUAUCCAGCCGUUGAGUCCAAUAUCUUCAAAACAAAGCCAGGCACAGUUCGAGCUGGUGCACAUAGCGACUAUGGAUCCAUCACUCUUCUCUUCCAAGAUGCUCGAGGGGGGCUCCAGGUCAAGAGUCCAACAGGACAGUUUGUCGACGCGACACCAAUCGAGGGCACAGUCGUCGUCAAUGCCGGCGACUUGCUUGCGAGAUGGAGUAACGACACCAUCAAGAGCACUAUCCAUAGAGUUGUUGAGCCACCGCAGAAGCAAGCUGAAUCAUACCCACCUCGAUACAGCAUUGCAUACUUUUGUAACCCCAACUUCAAAAGCUAUAUUGAGGCGAUCCCGGGGACGUUCAGUACGGAGAAAGAUAAGAAGUACGAAGGUAUCAAUAGUGGUGAUUACCUGGUCCAGAGACUGACUGCGACGUAUUGA